GGCAAACUGAAACUCUGUACUUACGAUCCUCUACAUUUGAAUAUUAUUUUAGAUAAAAUAAAAAAAGUAUAUUUAUAAUAAAAAUAAUAAUUAUUGAAGUGAUUUUAACAAACAGGAUAUAAUAUAUUUCAAGCUCAUUAAUAACGGAAUACAAUUCAAAGGAAGAGCUCUAGUAUUUGUUUAUUGAAAAGAAAAAAUGCCGCAACAAAUGAAUGUACUUUGCUGUUAUUCCUGUGAAAUGUUUCAAGUUCAUAUCGUGAAAAAAGAACAAAAAUGGCAGUGCAAAGUUUGUAAUGAAAAACAAUCUAUUCGGCGAGUUUAUUUUCAAGGAUCAGGAAAAGAUUGUCGUUCUCAUGUGCAAGAAUUAAACUUGCAGAAAUUAAAAGAUCUUGAGUCAACACAAACUCAUUUUGAUAAUGAUAAUUGCAAUUAGGCAUUUAAAGAUAAUUUUUUAGCAGCUUCUGAACACUCUGUUAACUAACAGUUCAUUGGCUAAGAAUUGGUUGAGGAGGAGUUUGUUUACGCAGAGAAUGUCAUGCCUCAACUUUAAAACUGCAGCAUGUUUUACACAACGACUUAAAAAUCAGGAUAGAUCAUUACAGAGAUGAACCAGUUAAUGAAAUCUAAAUAAAUGAUUAUGCAUAUAGUCUAAAAUAAAAAGAACCAAAAUCUACGAGUCCUGACUAAAUUUCUAUUAAUAAUAAUUAAGUGAAAAUUAAAUCUAGCACAGUAGAAGUUGAAAAUAUAUUUAAAAGAUUUUGAUAUAAUUUUUUUGUUUUUUAAUAUAAAUGAUUUUUUUUGAUUAUUCAUCACUGGAAUGAUUUCAUCCAACCAGUUAUAAAAUGCGAAACGUUUAACUUUUAGUAUUUAUAAUAGAUCACAAAAAAUACUGAUCGUUUAUAUUUAUAGAAUUAUUUCUGAAAUGAAAUAAAGACAAUUAUAUGUAUUCAUUGGCAAAUGAGAAAUGAUUUUUAUUUAAAUAAGUAUUUCGUGGCAAGGACAGUUGUGUCUAAAAAAGUAAUACUUUUAUUACAGAAUUAGAUUCAUAAAAAUAAUUCAAAAAAUUUCUAUUCUUUUUUUUUUCCAUUUUCUUUUUCGUUUUCCUUUCCUUUUCAUUUUUCCUUUUUUUUUUUGAAUUAUCUUUUUACAAGCUUUACAAUGUCGUAAGAUCAAUAAUUAAAAAUAUAAAUAAGUUAUUUAUUUGUUAUUAUCUACAUAUGCACAGGUGCAAGCCUGAAAGCUAAAUGAUAUCUGUAACGCAUUAUAAAAUAAGAUAGAAUAAGCACUGGAUGAAGUACAACGAUAAAACUUUUUUGCUCUACGCGACGUAGUAUGUCAACUUACUCGAUUGACUGGGUUUCUCUGAUAUUCUUAAAUAUUUUUUUUUUUAAUAAUAACAAUAGAAUACAUUGUCCUCGUUAAAAUUUGAAUCUGUUACAAUAACAACGAUGAAAUAAAUCUUUAGUAUUGUUCGAUCAAAUGAAGUUACAGCAAUAUAUAUUUAUUAGAAAAAUGAAUAUAAAACUUUGUAUAAUAAUAUGAAGAAUGAAAAAAAAAAAUAAAAU